UGUAGGAGUAUUAGCAAAGAUGCUCGGUCUCUGGUAUUAGUGACCCAUAGACAGAGAGCGCAGCCGGGACGGAGGUUGAUAAUACCACGCAGUCUGUAUGGCAUAGUCUUGGACCACACUUAGACAAUUAUUCGCCUUACAAAAGCCUUAUUUUCUUUUAAAAACAACAUUUUUACCGCUCGGGAAUCGUAGGCUGUUUAUAUGGAAAUAUGAGCAGCUGUCACAGUAUAACUAACGUAAAUCUCGACAGUCUGUGGUAAAAACGAAUUUCAAAGUAGAUUGUUUUUCCGUUGCUGUGGGGAAUUUAGUUCAAUGCGCAUGGUGCUGAGAUAUAUCGUGCCAUACUGAAAGUGCUGGGACGGUGGACAGACGUCACUCCGUGAUGGAUAAUGCUCAUACUAAGACGGUGGAGGAGGUUUUGGGCUUCUUCACUGUCAAUGAGUCUACAGGUCUGAGCUGUGAGCAGCUGAAGAAGAACAGGGAGAAAUGGGGAACAAAUGAAUUGCCAGCCGAAGAGGGGAAGUCACUGUGGGAGCUGGUCCUGGAACAGUUUGAGGACCUGUUGGUUCGAAUCCUGCUUCUUGCUGCGUGCAUUUCUUUUACCCUGGCUUGGUUUGAAGAAGGGGAGGGGACGAUCACAGCCUUUGUUGAACCCUUUGUCAUCCUCCUCAUCCUCAUCGCCAAUGCUAUUGUGGGAGUUUGGCAGGAGCGUAAUGCAGAGAACGCCAUCGAGGCUCUGAAAGAGUACGAGCCAGAGAUGGGCAAGGUGUACCGACAGGACAAGAAGAGCGUCCAGAGAGUCAGGGCCCGAGACAUCGUUCCUGGAGACAUCGUGGAAGUGGCUGUUGGGGAUAAGGUCCCAGCUGACAUCCGACUGACCUCCAUCUGCUCCACGACUCUGAGGGUGGACCAGUCCAUCCUGACGGGGGAGUCUGUGUCGGUGCUGAAACACACAGACCCUGUCCCAGACCCCCGAGCUGUCAACCAGGACAAGAAGAACAUGCUCUUCUCUGGAACCAACAUAGCAGCGGGCCGUGCCAUUGGGGUUGUCGUGGCAACAGGGGUGCAGACAGAGAUUGGGAAAAUCCGAGAUGAGAUGGCUGCCACUGACCCUGAGAGGACCCCCCUGCAACAGAAACUGGACCAGUUUGGAGAACAGCUGUCUAAGGUCAUCAGUGUGAUCUGUGUGGCAGUGUGGGCCAUCAAUGUGGGACACUUCAACGACCCGGUCCAUGGAGGCAGCUGGCUGAGAGGAGCUGUGUACUAUUUCAAGAUCGCUGUGGCUCUGGCUGUGGCUGCCAUACCAGAAGGCCUCCCAGCAGUCAUCACUACCUGCCUGGCUCUGGGCACACGGAGGAUGGCCAGGAAGAACGCCAUCGUGCGAAGCCUGCCGUCAGUGGAGACGCUGGGCUGCACCUCAGUCAUCUGCUCCGACAAGACAGGAACACUGACCACCAACCAGAUGUCCGUGUGCAGGAUGUUUGUAGUAGACAGUGUGUCAGGGGAGCGCUGCAGCCUGAACGAGUUCACAGUGACCGGAUCUACUUACGCCCCUGAAGGGGAAGUGUAUAAGGAUGGCUCAGUUGUGAAGAGCAGUCAGUAUGAAGGCCUGGUGGAGUUAGCCUCCAUCUGUGCUCUGUGCAAUGACUCCUCACUGGACUUCAACGAGUCUAAGGGUGUGUUCGAGAAGGUUGGGGAGGCCACAGAGACGGCGCUCUGCUGUCUGGUGGAGAAGAUGAACGUGUUCGACACUGAGCUGAGAGGACUCCGCCCUGCAGAGAGAGCUACAGCCUGCUGCUCAGUAAUUAAGCAGCUGAUGAAGAAGGAGCUGACGCUGGAGUUUUCCAGAGACAGGAAAUCCAUGUCCGUCUUCUGUUCCUCCAAUAAACACAUCAGGUCUGCCUCUGGAGCCAAGAUGUUUGUCAAGGGAGCUCCAGAGAGCGUGCUAGAGCGCUGUAACUUUAUCCGGGUCGGCGCGGCUUCUCGUGUGCCUUUGAGCCCAGCUGUCCGAGAGCAGAUCCUGUCCACUGUGAGGGAGUGGGGAGCAGGCAGAGACACGCUGCGCUGCCUCGCCAUGGCAACCAGGGACACGCCCCCUGACAUCAAAGGCCUCAACGUGGAGAACUCAGCUACCUUUAUUGACUACGAGUCAGACCUGACCUUUGUGGGCUGUGUGGGCAUGUUGGAUCCCCCCAGGAAAGAGGUGCUUUCUGCGGUCCGAAUGUGUCGGCAGGCUGGCAUCAGGGUCAUCAUGAUCACAGGCGACAACAAAGGCACAGCCCUGUCUAUUUGUCGGAGGGUGGGCAUCAUCACAGAACAGGAGGAGGAGCAGGAGGGCUUGGGGAUCAAUGGGGGCCUCACAGGGAGGGAGUUUGACGAGCUUCCCCCCCACCUGCAGCGGCAGGCCUGCAGGACCGUGCGCUGCUUCGCCCGGGUGGAGCCGGCACACAAGAGUCGCAUAGUGGAGUACCUCCAGAGCCUCAAUGAAAUCACUGCCAUGACAGGUGACGGUGUGAACGACGCUCCUGCUCUAAAGAAGGCAGAGAUCGGCAUCGCUAUGGGCAGCGGCACAGCUGUGGCUAAGUCCGCCUCUGAGAUGAUCCUGGCUGAUGACAACUUCUCCACCAUCGUGGCUGCAGUUGAGGAGGGCAGAGCCAUUUACAAUAACAUGAAGCAGUUCAUCAGAUACCUGAUCUCAUCCAACAUAGGGGAGGUGGUGUGUAUUUUCCUGACAGCAGCACUGGGCAUGCCUGAAGCGCUGAUCCCAGUCCAGCUGCUAUGGGUCAACCUUGUCACUGACGGUUUCCCAGCAACGGCUCUGGGCUUCAACCCUCCAGACCUGGACAUCAUGUCCCGCCCCCCUAGAACCUCCAAAGAGCCUCUGAUCUCCAGCUGGUUGUUCUGUCGCUACCUCAUCAUCGGAUGUUAUGUUGGAGCUGCUACUGUGGGGGCUGCUGCCUGGUGGUUCAUGGCAGCCCAUGACGGACCAAAAGUUUCCUUCUAUCAACUGUCCCACUACCUGCAGUGCAGUGAAGGCCACGCUGAGUUUGCUGGGGUGCAGUGUUCGGUCUUUGAGUCUCCUUAUCCCAUGACAAUGGCUCUGUCUGUCCUGGUUACCAUAGAGAUGUGCAACGCCUUGAACAGUCUUUCAGAGAACCAGUCCCUCCUGAAAAUGCCUCCCUGGUCAAACCCCUGGCUGGUGGGAGCCAUCUGUCUGUCCAUGGCUCUACACUUCCUCAUUCUAUAUGUAGACCCACUGCCGAUGAUCUUCCAGAUACGCCCUCUGUCCUGGCCUCAGUGGGUGGUGGUGUUGAAGAUGUCUCUUCCUGUCAUCUUGAUGGACGAAGCUCUAAAGUUCCUGGCCCGCAACUACAUUGAGCCAGGAAGUCAGAUGCAGACAGUGGAAGAGGAAGAGGAGCAGCGGAGGACGGGGAUGAGCCCGGGCUUGAUGGCGAGGAUGCAGCAGUCAUUCAAUGGUGUGUCCUGGUCGUUUGUCCUGAUCUCAGCUCCGCUACUGAUCUGGAUCUUCAGCCUGGACUCUGACAUCACCAACAUCUUCUGGGAGUGAUGGAAGGAAGAGAGGAUGGCUGGACUGUGGGGGGGAAGAAGAAAGAACAUCUGAAGGACUGUUGGAAUAGCAUGCAGAAGGGCUGAGUGUGUGAGGGAUACAGAGUAAAAUAUUUGGCCAACAGACAAUCGGAAAACAACAGGUAACGAAUAGCAUCUCUGCCUUUACCCUCAAAGGUGCUGUGUGUAGCAUUACAAUCAUUGGCUCCAGGAAUCCUAAUGUAUGUCAAACACGCCCAGAGUGAAGUAUGAUAGCUCUAAAGCUGUACUCUAAUGCUAACGUAGUAUGCUCACCUGCUAACCUGCUAACCUCUGCAUUCUAAAAAGGUUAAUGAUAAACAUUAGCAUGUUAGCAUGCUAUAAUCAGUUUGUGUGUUGUUAAGUUUAAACACAGCCAGUUUAAAGAAUAAUAUAGAUCAUUUUGGUUCCCAGGUUAUCCCAUUCCUUCUCUCUCGAGUAGUUUCACUCGGGUUGCACCAGCUAGCGUAGAACCUUCCCUUAGUCUGUGUCACGCUCUCAGUGACCGCUAUCUAGCUUCAAACUAGUCAUUUACUAAAUUUACAAGGCCAAUCAAACUAAAGAAAUGUCUAAGUUAGUACAGUAAUGUGGAAAUCUGUUGCUUGGAACCUCUCUACCGAUGUCCCGUCAAAUAAAGUCUACAGGAAGUUAUGGUAGCAUCACAAGCUUUGAUUAAACGCCCAGAAAUGCUGAAUUUAUUAGGAGUACACAAGGUUAGUCGUGUUAUCGUGCUUUACAUGGACCAUAUUUUGUGUGAGAUUAUUGGAAUGUAUUGUGUUUUUGUAAAAUAUAAUUUGAUGUCUUUUCAGUUUCCACAGUAAGUGCUUUGUUUGGUGCAACCCGAUAUAUUUAAUGAUCCACUUCUGUUAACAAGGCUAACGUCAAAUGGUGGAAGUGGUGAAAGCUAGCACUGCUUCAAUGUUCAAAGGCCAACAAAGUCCAAUCAGAACAAUUUGUGCAACAGGAAGAGGUUUGUGUAUCAUUCUAACAGUGUGUUGAUGCUGAUGCGGUGGUUAAAUGCUACACAUAGCACCUUUCUGGUUACAAAUGUCUGGUGACUGGAUCAGACAGAAACACACACACACACACACCAGCUUUACCUCUACAUUGUACUUCACCAGUAAUAACCUGUGGUCAAUAACAAGUAAUACGGCCAGAUCUACUAUAGAAUUCCUCAACAACAGUCUUAAAGUAUUAUUGUUCCACCUUCCUUGUAGAUACUGUACAUUAGACUAAAAGAAGCAUUUAGCCUGUGAAGACAGACCUGCAUGUCAGCGCACGUCACACAUUUCUAACCACAUCAGAAGUUCAGCCUGAGUCCAUACUGUCCUUAACCGUGUGGACUUAAAGUGGACGUACAGUAUGUACAGUGGGGGGGGGGCAGGGGGUAAUAGCUUCCGGACAGGAGACCACAGCAUUUAAAGGGCCAGUCCUUCAUCCUCCUUUGUCCUUUCUCUGAUUGAUAGUGACCCUGAAAAGUUGAGCAAAUCUUAAAGUAACUCGACAUCCUGAGGCUUCACACACUGAAGCCGAGCCUUCACACAUGUUGACUUUAUUAGUUAUCUUGAAACACACACUGAAGGAACCGAAACGUUGAUUUUAUUUAAAUGCAUUAUGUCAACACAUUUUUCACAACAGUUUUGGGUUAGUUUGAUAUUAAGCUAAACCUAAUCUUUUUUUAAUUUAAAAGUAAUGUUAUUGCUUUCCACUAACCUAAUACAGUUAUGUGAAAUCUGUUGACAUUAUGUUUAAUUAAAGCCGACCUGUCCGUUUUCUCGGUGCAGUAGAGGUUGUGUAUGUGCAGGUACGGUCAGCGUUUGAUCAAUGCGACCGCGACAUGAAUGUAAGCUUAACGGACGAAUAUACUUAUUUUUGUUACACACCGUCUGUGUGUAUUAUUUUCACUACUGCUUUAGUUGUACCUCAGAGUGUACUGCGAAUGAUUUUAAUGCUUUUAGCACCGCUGUGAUACAUUCCUCACGAGUCAUGGAGAGGCCUGCUGUGAGUCAGCGUUUCAUUAAAAGCUUUGUGUUUGUGCGAUCCAGCCAUUUUCUGCAGUGAUGCCCCGUGACAUCUCACUCUGUUUGCCAUAGAAGGGAUUUUUUGAUUUGUGCAACGGUUUGGACUCAUGUAGGUUGAAUGACUUUCUUGUAUAUCACAUUUGGCUACAAUGAGUAUAAUUGCAGAAGAUACAUAAAAACCAGUAAUGUUCAGAUUUGUUCCUGUAAAGUUUCCACUUUAUUCUUGCAAUUUAAUGUUUCAAAGUUAUUACACAUAAUAUUGCUACUUUCUAUCAUAAUCUGUUUAAUCUUCUUAUUUCCAGUUUAUAUUUAUAAUCUGAUUUAUCAAGGAAAAUUGCAAAUUUCUUACAUAAUCUUACGACUUUUUUCCUCAAAAAGUGCCACUUCAUUCAAAAUUGAGAUUUAUCUCUCAUAAAAGCAUGAUUUUUUCUCACAACAUUGCGCCUUUAUACCGAAAUGUCACAUUAAAAACAUUGUUUUCCCUAAAAUUGGCACAUAUAGUUAUUAGGCUCUCUGUGACACCAUUUAAUAAACAUAUAGCCGGUGCUUUAGAGUAGAAAAGCAUUAGACUGUUUGGACCUGUUGUGGAAACAGGCAGUUUGUGGGAUUUGUAUUUGUGUUUUAUUUUAUUUAAAUUGUGGUUUUAAUCACUACUGCCAGUGAAUUAUUUAAACAUAUAGACGUAUUUUUACCUUCCCGAGUUUUGCUUCUAUUUUAGUUUUUGCUCAAUGACUCGCACAAUAGUGUGAAAUUGCAAAACGACUAAGACGGAUGUUUGUUGCAGUAUAUAUAUAUUUUUUGUUUUUAACAGAAGAAACACAUACCAACUUUGUUUACAGCGUUCUUUAUUGUUGUUGUUAUAAUUGUUAGCUCAAACAUCUUCAGGAUAAACUUGAGUGGAAGGGUUUUUGGUUCCAGACUGUCACAAUAAAUGAAAGUUGUACCUGACUGACUCACCUGUUUGAAUAAAGGUUGAAUUGAAGAACUUAGUAAUGAGGACGUUAUAUCUGCCUGUCUGCCUCUCAUUAACCACUUCCAUUUCACUGAAGCUAAACUAAGGAGCACCAUUUUAUAAAUUGUAUUUUGGAACUGUUUGAAGGGUUUGGUGUUACAGGACUAACGGAAGAUAAAUAAAUGGGCCAGAAUGUU